AAAGGUGUGGGAUUAAGAUAUUUUGUGCUGUUUGUUGGCGUUAUGUCUUGUCUUUAUUCUUUAUGGGAUAUACUGGAUGACUUGGUGGUCAGAAAGGUCAACGAGUCCGAUGCAAGUCAAUUUGCUAAACUUUGUCGUUGCUGUCCUGCACAAUGUUGGGGUGUAAUUUGGUUAUUCAUAAGUUUUAUUUUCUUGGGUGCAGCUGUAAUAUUGGGUAUAUUUGCUUUCCAUAAUAACGAAUCAUCUACAUAA